AUGGUCAAGUUGGACUUCGAUCUCAAGCGGGACGUGCCUGAGCUCACGGGCAAGGUCAUCCUAAUUACCGGUGGCACAAGCGGACUUGGUGCCGCUACAGCUAGGAUGUUGGCGAGUCGAAACCCGGCCAAAAUCUACAUCACGGGGCGGAAUGAAUUCAGAGCGCAACACGUCAUCGCGGACAUAAGGUCCACGGAUACGGGAACCGAAGUGUUCUGGAUACGCUGUGAUCACGCUGAUCUCGCGUCCGUCAAGGAGGCCGCAGAGUUGAUCUCUGCCAAGAAAUCUUGCCUCAACAUGCUCAUGGCUAACGCUGGCGUCAUGGCGCUUCCGCUUGGUCUUACCAAGGACGGAUAUGAGCUACACUUUGGUAUCAACUACGUUGCGCACGCCCUACUGAUCCGCAAGCUGCUUGGCCUGCUGCACAAAACGGCUGAGGAGCACGGCGAGGCGCGUAUCAUACUCGUCUCUAGUCUGGCCUUCGUGCUGGCGCUGCGGGGGCGUUGGCAACGAUAUGCCCAGAGCAAGCUGGCCAACCUGGUAUAUGGCCGUGAACUCGCCCGCCGGUACCCAGAGAUCCUUACACUAGUAGCCGAUCCGGGCCCUAGCAAUACGGGACUGGUGUCGAGUCUCGGGCUUCUGGAUAAGACGAUCGUGUAUCUGGGGAAUAUAAACAGGUUUCUCGACGAUGAACAAGGGCAUUGGAAUCAGGUAUGGACUGUUGGCGUGCCUAAGGAGCAGGCGAAGCAGGGAGAGCUAUAUGAGCCAGUCAGUAAGCUAACUCAGGGGUACACAGACUGGUGUCUGGAUGAGCAACUGGCGACAAGGCUGUGGGACUGGACGGAGGAGGAGCUCAAGCCCUGGUUAACGUAG